AUGGAUUCGAGGCAGUUCCGUCAAGCCGCUCAUGCUGCGGUGGAUGAAAUCAUUGGUUACUAUGAGAACAUCCAAGACCGGAGAACGCUGUCGAAUGUCGAACCAGGAUAUCUUCAGAAACUUCUUCCUACAAGCCCACCACAGACGGGUGAGCCAUGGGAGUCCAUACAAAAGGAUAUUGAGGGGAAGAUCAUGCCAGGUUUAACCCAUUGGCAAUCACCCAACUUUAUGGCUUUCUUUCCCGCCAAUGCUACUUAUCCGAGCAUGCUCGGGGAGCUAUACUCCGCAGCCUUUACCGCUCCAGCGUUCAAUUGGCUUUGUUCACCCGCCGUGACGGAGCUAGAGACUAUAGUUCUCGAUUGGCUUGCACAGGCCCUCGCACUCCCAUCCUGUUACCUGUCUUCUAGCGAGGGCGGGGGAGUCAUCCAAGGCUCUGCGUCCGAGGCUAUCGUGACGGUGAUGGUUGCUGCUAGAGACCGAUAUCUGCACGAAAAAACCAAACAUCUAACAGGAGGCGAAAAAGACCAAAAGAUAUGUGAACUUCGAGGCAAGCUGGUGGCGCUGGGGAGUGAGAUGAGCCAUAGCAGUACCCAGAAGGCAGCUAUGAUCGCCGGAGUUCGGUAUCGAUCUAUCCCUACCUCCAUUGCAAGCGACUUUAGCAUGACCGGCGAUGGUUUAAAUCGAAUACUAGAGCAGUGUCGACGGGAGGGACUGGAGCCCUUCUAUUUGACGGCAACCAUGGGAACGACAUCUACCUGCGCGGUGGACCGGUUCGACGAGAUUGCUGAUGCUCUUCGAGAUUCACCGCUUGUCUGGGUCCACGUGGAUGCUGCUUAUGCUGGGUCUGCAUUGGUCUGCGAAGAAUAUCAGCACCAUGCGAAACAUUUUGAAGCGUUCAAUAGCUUCAACAUGAACAUGCACAAGUGGCUGUUGACGAACUUUGAUGCUAGCUGUCUGUUCGUUAAGCGCCGUCGCGAUCUUAUCGAUGCUCUUUCCAUUACCCCGUCAUAUCUCCGUAAUGGCUACUCUGACUCUGGAUUGGUCACUGACUACCGUGAUUGGCAAAUUCCUCUGGGAAGACGUUUCCGCUCGCUGAAGAUAUGGUUCGUCAUGCGCACAUAUGGCAUUGAGGGAUUCAAGGCCCACAUUCGCCACCAUGUCAAGCUCAAUGACCUCUUCCAUAGCUUGAUCCUAUCAAGGCCGGACCUAUUCAGGAUCUUGACUCCGCCAGCAUUUGCGUUGACCGUAUUGAGUGUUGCCUUGUCUAAUGACUUUGUGCCUGAUGCCUCCAACCAGGCUAUCCUGGAGGCCAAUUCAGUGACGCGGGACGUCUACGAGCUUAUCAACAGUCGCGGCGAGAUCUUUCUGACUAGUUCCAUGAUUGGCGGUAUCUACUCAAUCCGAGUUGUUAAUGGCAGUCCUCAAGCACAAGAAUCGCAUGUGCACAAGGCUUUUGAUAUAUUGGUGCGGACCACCGAGGAAGUAUUAUCAUCGCGGUAAUUUUUUUUGACGAAUACACCUGCAACAUAACGAAGAUGGCGACGCUUGAUCAUUUCCGCUUCGAUACCUAUAGAAGUAUAGAACGAUGGGCUCAGAGCCAUCCUCAGCAAAGUCGUUUGUUCGGUUUCUUUGCCACGUCAAGCCAGGUGGAUGUGUUGAAACUUAGACGGGAAUGGUUAUAUAUAAGAAAAUCACUCCUCAGUGUAUAUAAUGUAUCAUAAAAGACAAUCUCUUCUACUAGGCCCCUUUGCGCUCCCUUCCAUGGUCAACAUGCAUGCUAUUUCCUGUCACUGAA